AUGAGCGAUGAAGCCACCGCCCGCCGCACUGUCAGCUCUGGAACGAAUGAGAUGCGGCGCGACCUCCUUGCCCUGCUACUCCGCGCCAGCUCCAUCUCCGUCUCCGGCGGCGCCCGCCACCACCGGCGCGCCUGCGCAGCGCGGACGCUCCACCCGCUGGCCCUCAAGUCCGGGCGAGCCUCGGAGACCCGCGUGGCGACCGCGCUCGCCGUGGCGUACGCGCGGUCGGGCCUCGUCGCGCACGCGCGCCGCGUGUUCGACGAAACACCGCCGCCGCGCAGGGACCUGGUCCUCUGCAAUGCCAUGGUCUCCUGCUACGCCGCCCACGGCCUCCCGCGCCAGGCCUGGGCGCUCUUCGCCGCCUUGCGCCGCUCCGGGGCGCUCGCCCCCGACGGGUUCACCUUCAGCGCCCUGCUCCGUCCGCCGCCGCCGCGCCGCCACCCCGACGACGCCGUCGACGUCCGGGUGCUGCUCGCGAUGGGAGCCCUGGCGCAUGGCCUCGUGCUCAGGCUGGGUCUCCUCGCGGACGUGGUGGUCGCCACCGCGCUGCUCGACAUGUACGCCAAGUGCGGCCGGGUCGACGAGGCGCGCUGGGUGUUCGACGCUAUGGCGGUCAGGAACGUCGUGUCCUGGAACGCGAUGGUUGUCUGCUACGGCCGGGUUGGUGGUGGAGGCAAGGACGCCGUUGAGCUGUUCCGGCGGAUGCUGAGAGACGGGAGCUGCUGCCCGGAUGAGCUCACGCUUGCCAGCGUGCUAAGCUCGUGCGCCAGCAUGGCGGCAGCAAACGAGGUCACUCAGGUUCAUGCUCAUGCCGUAAAGAGGGGUCUGCACGGGUUUCUGCAGGUGGCCAACGCUGUUAUCACGGCUUAUGGCAAGGCCGGUUUUGUUCGAGAGGCGAUGCAAACGUUUGCUAUGGUCUGCAACCCAGAUGUAGUUUCGUGGUCCUCUAUGAUUUCCUCUUACGCAUACCUUGGACUCUCUAAGGACGCAGUUCAUGUGUUUGAGAGAAUGAUCCAACAAGGCGUACAGCCUGAUGGCAUUGCCUUCCUUGGAGUUCUUUCUGCCUGUAGCCAUGCUGGUCUUAUUGAAGAAGGCUUACACUAUUUCCUUAUGAUGACGAGGGGCUCUGGCAUUGAUCCAAAUCCACAACAUCUUGCUUGUCUGGUUGAUCUCUUAGGGAGAGCUGGUAGGAUUGAAGAUGCUUACAAGAUUGUUACAAGACUUUCUUGCGAGAGAAACGCUGAUAUUGUUGGAGCUUUUCUUGGUGCUUGUAAGAUGCGGGGCAAAAUCGAGUUGGCAAAGUGGGCCGCUGAUAGGCUUUUAUGCCUGGAACCAAGUGAGGCAGUAAAUUAUCUGCUUAUGUCCAAUGCAUUUGCUGCUGCAGGAUCUUGGAGCGAGCUUGCAAAAGUAAGAAGUGUGAUGAGACACAGGUGUGGCAGCAAGGUUCCUGGCUGUAGCUGGAUAGAGAUAGGUGGAAUGGUUCGGACAUUUGUCUCCAACGAUGUGGUGCUCCAUCAGUCGACUGAAAUGCAACAAAUGAUGCAGCUUACUAUUUCAGAAGCACGAAAAGAGUGGAACGAAGACACAACUUGUGAUGAUCCAAUUUUAGUUCGAGAAUGUCAGUGA